AUGCGCCAGUCUUUACAUACUUGGGGCACUAUCUCCAUCAUGGAAGGCGACAUGGGACUAUUCUUCGUCUAUCCAGAGGUACCUGGCAUGAAUAAACUGCUGGAGGUCUUUCCACGUAUCGGCUGCACCGAGGGGGCGGAUCCUUUCUGUGGUAGACGACUUGUGAGCCAUGCUCUGGCCGCUGGCUUGGCUCAAGACGAUGAGCAUCCCUUCGAGAUGUCCAUGUCAUCGCAACUGACAACCUCUCGUAUGCACCGAGCAGGUUUGGCUGCUGGGUUCGACAACAUUUUCGAGACGAACAUGAAAGACCCCGAGCUGAUGCGUUCUGCUGGCCUCGAUGCCGAGACUGUGUCGUUGAUUCGUGAGAAAGUAGUCGGCAGCGGAGGAAUCCCCCAACCCGAGGAUCCUUCUGCAAAGAAGCCGCCCGUGCUGGGACUAGCCCUUACAGCUAAGCUCUGCGUAUUGACCUGCAGUGGUCUCAGGAUGGCAGACUUCUUGGAAGACCUCAUCGCCGGCCGCAAUGUUCCCGUCCAUUGGGGCAUGAACUUCACCAAAAUUCACAACACUCCCGGCCCAGCGAUCGACCCGACCAAGGUCACCUUCCCGUCCCAUUACACUGUCGUCGUCAUCGGCGCAGGCAAAGGCAUUGGCGACAUCAACAAGGACGUUCAGGUCCUCGCCAUCACCGCCGAUGCUACGGAUCCUGCCAGCUAUGUCAACAUUGCCAAAGCAAUAGAGACCGAAUUCGGCGGACGUCUGGACUCUCUUGUGUACAAUGCUGGUGGUGGUGACUCUGUUGGUUUCGGCGCAAGCAAAAUUCAUGAGAUGAAUGUGGCAGACUUUGCUCAAGUUACUAAUCUCAAUUACCUUGGAGCUGUCUACGCUGCGAAGUACUUGAUCCCGUUUCUGCUGAGGGGCGGGGGUAAAACCAUUGUCAACAUCACAAGCGGAGCUGCGCAUAUGACCGCUUUUCCGCCAUACAGCUACAACAUCGCCAAGCUUGCGCAGAAUAGCCUCACUGAGAUCAUGGCGGGUAUGUACAAGGAGGAAGGGAUUGUUGCUGUGGCGGUGCAUCCAGGAAGUGUUGCGACGCCGGGCGUGAAGGAGAAGGCGCAAGAGAUCGUAUAG